GUCGACUUCCGCCCAUGCAAGCAAAAAAGGACGCAUCUCAGCAGCUGGAGUGCCACUGUGCGCCUCGACGUCGGCGCCGCAGCCCGCGUCGACACCGAGGUCAUCGGAACUUUGCGCAGGCUCGUGCCCAUCAACUCGACACCGGCAACCUCGAACGUUCAUUUCACGGUUUCUUCUCGGAGGAUCGUGGAGCAUCGCGGGAGCAACCUCCACGGCGCGGUCGCGCGUCCGCCCUCGCUGAAGGCAUUCUCUCGGGGCGCCCGGGGCCCCCCGACGAUCGACCUGAAGAAGCGCGAGAGCAAGUUGGCGCCCAUGGCGUCCAACGCGCGGAUGCGCUGCAUCAUGAUCCUGCAGGAGGUCCAUGGGUCUGGCGCGCGGCCACGACGCUUCGUUGCCUCGCUUCCUCGCAGCUACAGUGUAUUAUGCAAUGGCGCGGGUCGCGCUGGGACGGGUGGCGUCGCUGUGCUGGCCCCGUUCUUCGACAAGCUCGACGUCGUGGACCUCGCGAAGGUCGCCUUCUUCAAGGGGGGGGGUGCCGCUUCUUUCGAGCGGGCGCGAUUUGAAGCGUCGAAUAACGCCCGCUGGUUGAAGUCCAACCCAGAGAUGCAGGACAGCGGCGCCAAGGAGCAACAGGACAGCGAGAAGCUCUCCUACACGGCGUGCAACCGCAUAAAGCGCAAGAAGAAGUUCGGCAUGUUGAGGGUCAUGUACACGAGCAAGCUCGCCGAGUUGGUUCCGCCGAGCCCGACGCCACCGAGGUCUCUGGGGAGCGGCCUGGGCCUCGCGGCUGCGUCGGGCACUACAUCGGCAACUUCCAAAGCAGGGAGCAUGAUGAACGUCGGCGACCUGAAG